UGCCCGGUGCCGUCAGGUUGAGCGUGGUGGGCCGGUGCUUCUGCGUCUCCUCCAGGGCGGGCGAGGGGAUGGGCGAGGCUGAAGGGGACGGUGGAGCUUCCAGCUCGUUGCCCUCCUCCUCCUCCUCUUCUUCCUCCUCUUCCUCAUUGUCGUCGAUCAUCUCGAACUCCUGGAAGUCAUCGCCCCCGACGCGUGCCCGUGCCCGCAGCGGGGGGCUCAGCAACCUGCUCUUCAAGUGCGCGCUGCCCGAGCACAUCCUCAGUGUGGGCGACGAGCCCCGGCAGGUGCUGCUGCGCGUCUACGGGGCCAUCCUGCAGGGCGUGGACUCGCUGGUGCUGGAGAGCGUGAUGUUCGCCAUCCUGGCGGAGCGCGCGCUGGGGCCGCGGCUCUACGGCGUCUUCCCCCAGGGGAGGCUGGAGCAGUACAUCCCGAGCCGUCGGCUGCGGACCGAGGACCUGCGGGACCCCGACAUCUCCAAGGAGAUCGCGGUGAAGAUGUCGCGCUUCCACGGCAUGGUGAUGCCCUUCAACAAGGAGCCCAAGUGGCUCUUCGGGACCAUGGAGCGGUACCUGAAGCAGAUUUCGGAGCUCACCUUCUCCGAGGAGGGGCAGCUGAAGAAGCUGAACCAGCUGAAGGCCUACAACCUGCAGCAGGAGAUGAGGAGCCUCAGGGAGCUGCUGGAGGCCACCCCCUCGCCCGUCGUCUUCUGCCACAACGACGUGCAGGAGGGGAACAUCCUGCUGCUGGCCGGGCACGAGGCCUCCCCCUCGGACAAGCUGAUGCUCAUCGACUUCGAGUACAGCAGCUACAACUACCGGGGCUUUGACAUCGGCAACCACUUCUGCGAAUGGGCGUACAACUACACCCACGGGUCCUGGCCCUACUUCAAGGCUUCUCUGGAGAACUACCCCAGCCGGCAGCAGCAGCUGCAUUUCAUCCGGCACUACCUCUCGGAGGACUCGGGGCGGCGCGGGGACACGACGCACGAGGAGCAGGCUCGCAUCGAGGAAGAGAUGCUGACGGAGAUCAACCGGUUCGCUUUGGCCUCUCACUUCUUCUGGGGCCUCUGGUCCAUCGUCCAGGCGAAGAUCUCCACCAUCGAGUUCGGGUACCUGGACUACGCCCAGAGCCGCUUCGAGGCCUAUUUCCAGCACAAGGCGCAGUGCUGCUGAGACCGACCGGAUCCCUGGCCCUGCCUGUGCCCCCCUGCAGCCCCCCGCCCAUGCCGUGGGGCCACAGACACAGCACCCCCUCCCACGGGGGGCUGCAAGGGGCGGCCGUGGGCUGGUCCCUGCCGUGGCUGCCCUGCGGAGGAUGGGGACGCGGCACACUCCGGGGCUGCAUCAUGGCAUGGGGCGAGCUGUGGGGCCGCCUGGGUGCGUGGGGAAAGGGGACAACCCCCCCCCCAAAAGAGGGGCCCCGCCGGGGGGGCCCCCCCCCCCCCCCCCCAUGCCCCUGUAGCCCUGGCCUCCCCCUGCAGGCACAAGGUGGGGCUGGGGCCGUGGGCACCACACCCGUGGGACCCCCUCUGUCCCCCCCUGGAGCAGGAGGGGUCGCAGGUGGCUGCGUGGGGUCCUGCCCGCUGCAAGGGCUGCGCGUGGAGGUGCUGGGGGCAGGGGUGGGGGGCUCUGCACGUGCAUCUCACCCCCCCAGCUCUCCCCCUGUGCCCCCCUCUGCCUGGCUCCUUGCUGCCUUGGCUGCGCAGCCGCUGCUUGGCGGGGCUGGGGGCUGGGGGCCCCCCGACAGCAGAAUGUACAGUCCUGGACCAAUAAACGCUGCGGUGGUGCA